AUGUCGCCGUCCUGGACUCGCCUGAUCCGGUUUAUCGCCGAGGAGGAUGGUCAGGUGCAUUUGGGCGAGGUCGACGCUACUCAAUGCCCGGACGUCGGUUUGGCAACCUUCAACAAGGAGCGCGUGGCAGUCAAGCUGAUUACAGGCACUGUCUUCGAUGGCACAGUGACGUCGACUACUAUGCACGUCUCGCAGCUGCUGCCUCCUCUUGAAGUCAGCGACGUCCCGAUCAUACGCUGCCUGGGACUAAACUACUACGAAGCUGCGAAGGAAGCCAAAGCACCGAUCCCAAAAGAGCCUGUGUUGUUCGUGCGGCCACGCACAGCAUUGAACGGGCCGCACCCUGCGGCUAUCAACAUACCGAAGUUCGUACAGGACGGGACAAGCGACUACGAGGCCGAACUAAGCAUAGUCUUGUCCAAGACAGGUCGUGAUAUUUUGGAGGAGGACGCCAUGAGCUACGUGCUUGGCUAUACCUGCAGCAACGACGUCAGUGCACGGUCGCAACAGUUCAAGAACAGCCAGUGGUCAUUCUCGAAAGGACUUGACGGCUCUUGUCCAAUUGGGCCAGUGCUAGUUGCGCCCCCCGAAGUUGCGGAUCCUCAUCAGCUGCGAAUCCGUGCUAUACAUAAUGGUACAGUUGUGCAAGAUGCGAACACGGAGGAUAUGAUUCAUCGAAUACCUCAAACGAUCGCAUUUCUGUCCCAAGGCACCACUCUCGAGCGCGGCACGGUGAUUAUGACCGGGACAGGGCCGGGUGUAGGAUGGUUUCAGGAGCCGAAGAUUGCUCUUAAGCACGACGACGACUUCCGGGUCGAGAUCGAGGGCAUAGGCACUUUAAUUAACCGCAUCCACUACGAAUGA